AUGAAAUUUUGCGGAUUUUUAAUUUUUUUGUUGCUCGCUUCGUCGCCUCUUUCUGCUAAUGGAUUUGGUCUUGCCACUGUCGGUAUAGAAUUCUUUGAAUUCAUAAUUGGAAAGGCUUUUGAAGUUUCAUGGGACCCAAUUCAAGGCUUGUUUGCCAAACAAGAAACUGAGUUUGAGAAAAUUGGUAAAAAACUUGAUGAAAUAGUUAUCAAAAUUGACAAUUUGACGACGGAUUUCAAAAAUGCCAUAAAAGAUGUCAAAAAUCACGUGACUUUAGAACUAAAAGCGAGCAAAAUACAAGAAUUACAGGACAAAAUUGAGCAAAAAUUUGAGUUAACGAUGGAUUAUAUGAGUCAUUUGGAAACAUUGGAAAACGUAACAAUCGCGGAACGAAUAAAUGAGUUAACAAACGGGCCGGAUUCAGUUGACAAUUUGAUAUCUCAAUUCCAUAUCAAAGUAUUCGGGAAAGAUACGUUGUAUUUGAAUAACAUUGUAGAAGCAAUUCGCGAAAAUAAGCAUCAUUUUAGUACAAAUACGGGAAGCCCAGAGGAAGUUGUCUUGUACAAAUUCUUCUUGACGAUGCUUUCUGUCGAAUACAAGGCAAUGUUGAUGCAAAAGAUAAACUGUUAUCUCAAAUUCCGUUUAGCUAUGGGAAAAUUCCGCACCGAAAUGAAAAUUCACGAGGAUCGUUUUGUAAAACGAGUACGUCAGUCGAUAGAACGCAUGCGAAACGCUUUCUUGUCAUCGAAUCGCGACUUGUACAAACUUGAUACCAAAAAUUACAGAAGCGGAGAUACAUUUGCCGAAGUUACGCGUUUCAAUCAAAUUUAUUUCACGUCAGAAUCUAAUUUCAAAAGUUGUUGGAGCAGAUGCGAAGACUAUUCGAGACCUCGGCAUAAUUUUAGCGAGGAAUAUUCAUAUCCGCAAAGAUCGUGCAAAGGAACUAUAUCGAAUUGUCGCAGUGAAUACACAAAUGCAUAUCAUGUUUGGACUACAAUUGGCAACGAGGAUCAACGAUAUCAAUAUGUAGCGAUGAAACAGAGUUACGACACUUUUAAACCGGGAUAUCGUUACGGACAAAUGUCGCAGGUAACAAAUAGCUCGAGAAUUGUCGAUUUCACAGGAUGGGUUCGGGGAUUCGCACAUUGCGAUAUUUGUCGUUGUCAGUGCGACGAACCACGAGAUGAAAAAUCAUUGAGAAGAUUUUCAACGACGCCUUUGUUUUCAGAUACGGAUGAAAAUUUAGUAAUAACAGGAGUACAAAUCGCAGUUGAAAACAACGCAUUUGUGUUGAAAAUCCAUCAAGCAAAAUUAUUACCAUUGGGAAAAGUCGAUUCAACUGUUACUGUUAAAAUGAAUGAACCAUCUUCGAAUGAUAAGUUUUUCACGUUACGGUUUAACAAAAAAUCCGUUCAUAUGGGCACCGCGAAAAUUGAUACCGCAAAAUAUCCCGAUUUUGUCGCUACUAUGGUUCGAUUCUAUGAAAAAGAUAAGAAUUUAGCGCUUCAAGUUCGUUUUACGCGAUUCAAUUAUACCACAGGUCAACUUUUCGACGCCAAUAAUGCAAAAAAUAAUGUACAUGUGUUGAACAAUAUUUCGAAAAAUGUCAUCGUGCGAGGCAAGAGAGGAAAUUGUCCCAUUAAAUAUACUGAUAAUGUUCCUUCAGUCGAUACAAGCGUAGGAUUGGUGCAAUUUGGACCCAGUAGCUUGCAUGAUGAUGUUGGACAACGUACUGUUCCUUUUAUAGAUUUGCAAGGAGUAAGAUCGGAGCAAACAGCAUUAACGGGCAUCGGAUUGCAAUUCAGAGCACGUGAAAAUAGCGGAGGAUAUAUAUCGCCAACUUUAGUUACAUAUCCAAUGUUCUUCGGAACUAAGGUUCUUGAUGCUAAGCUUUUGUUGCAAUAG